AUUUCAUGCAGUUGGUACAAAGUUAAGAAUAAUCCAUUAAAAAUGACAGAAGAAGCUGAUUUUGCUGGGCAAAUUGUUGAUGGAAAGAACAAAACGAAUGUGCGCUGCCAGUUCUGCAAUAGUUUGAUGCUCAAGGCCCAGGAGGGCACCUUCAGCGAGGAGGAAGUGGAAGUGCCCCUGAUGAUGCAAAAGCAGGACAAGACGGCGGACAGUCUGAACACCGAGCCCUUGAAGGACUUCUGGCUGGUCAAGGACAUGAUGUCGUUCGAGAACAUAGGGUUCUCCAACACAGUGGACGGCAGGAAGUUCCUGGUUUGUGCGGAUUGCGAGCGAGGACCCGUGGGCUAUCAUGAUCUGAGUACCCGCCACUGCUACGUGGCCCUCAAGAGGGUGGUCCACAAGGACUCCUAGCUGCCCGAUCCUUAGACCGUUGUAAUCCCAUUGAUCUGUAGAACGAUUUACAUGUUCAUGACGUGGAACAUACGAUAUAGAUAUAAUCCGCUUAUCUGCAUUUGUGUUUUUUUUUACGGAGUGUUAUACGAAUUCUAAUGUAGUCAGCAAGUACUAUUCAUUAUUAUAUUAUAUUUUAUAAUAACAUUUUGUAAUUACCUCAAAUAUUAUUGAUUCUUGCUAAAAUUCUGUGAAAUUGAAAGCCAAAACAAAUGUUUAAGCCUAUAUUUUUACACAUUUUAUAUCUGGUCUGCUAGCUAUAUUAUAAUUUAUAAUGGCAUUUUGUAAUUACCUCAAUUAUCAUUGACUCUUGCUAAAAUUCUGUGAAAUUGAAAGCCAAAACAAAUGUUUAAGCCUAGAUUCUUAAACUUUUUAUAUCUGGUCUGCUAGCCGAAUAAUUUUUCGAUCCGUUUUAAAUUAAAAAUUAAUUUAAAGUAGCAAUUCUACAAAAUAUGAACAUUAAAUAUCAUAUUAACGUAAGAAAACCUUUUUAAUAUUGAUGAAGGUGGUCUAAGUAUGCGUCCUUUGAGACUAUUAUAUACAAUUCUGCCUACAAUUUCAGUUUUUAAUCUAAAAGCUGCUAUAAAUCUUUGCACAAUGAUCUCUGGGCAAUAAAAACAUUCGACGUUUGUAUUCA